UAUUAUAGAUAUGGCUAGCUAGAGCAGCAGCUUUGAAUGCUGCUCCAAACAGCAGCACAAUCGAAUCGAAAGCAACCACAAUCCAAGGGCCAUCAAACAAACAACAUCCAGGAUGUCUAGCUUUCCCCAACUGGUCGGAGCAGCGGGUGAUGUUCGUGAGUUGGAGUAUGUGAGUGCUUUGUUUCAGACGGAUCAACGGGAGGUUCGCACGGACGCAUCUAUCUGUGCGGAGGAUAUUCGUCUCUUUCUCUCGAGUCGCUAUGGCAUUGCCGUCACCGAGGAUCAAGUCUGCUCUCGCAUCCUUCGUGGACUCAUCAGUAGUUCCAGUGACAGCAGUGAAGAUGACGAUGAUGACGAUAUGGUCGACUUGAUGGAAUUGGUGGCGCUGCUGCUGUUGCCAACCAUUCAAAAGGCGGCACAGCAUCUCGUCUGCUCGCAGCAGGAUGACACGGACGACGACGAGCACUGCCAGGGAGAAGUGGUGCCGGCACCCAAGGAAAUGCUCAACUAUGUCCUCAAAAUGAUCCUUCAUGACGUCACUGGUAGCAGCCAACCCAAACGCUUGACUCCCGAACUGGUUCAAAAGAUCUUGAUUGCCUAUGGAGAAAACGACUUGGCGGAGGAGACUCAGCUGGUACAGGAAAUGGUAAAUGUGGCCACUACUACUAGCAUUGGAUCCAGCAACCAAGACGCCCCUAAAAACACCACCACCAAAGGCAAUGUUAUGGAUGUCACGGAAACCUCGGCGACCCAUCUCAUGGACGCUUCAUGCGAGCAUGACACUGCCCCUAGCACCGAAGAAUUCUUGCUCUCGGAAAAGAUCUUUGCCCAAGCCCUCACCUACGACAUUCAACUAUACGACGUUCGAAAUGAAACCAGAGUCACCACCAACAUGGAGGACGUCUUUGGACCCAACGGUGAUACCGAGGCUGUUAUCAUUAACGAUAACCCACCACCCAGACAAGAAGGAGAAGUGAUGUACAAAGAUGAAUACAGCAGCAGCAACGACCAAAAGAAGAAGGCUCUCCAAGCACUCGAACAACCUCCCGAAACGUUGAAACGCAAAAUGACCUUUCCCUCCAUUGAUGUCACCGCCGGUACCUACCGCAGCAAAUCACUUGUCAUUGUAGUUUGGUCCGCGUUUAUCAUUACCUACUUUGCCUAUACGUAUUCGGCGGGACGCCAGUACGAUCCCAAAUGCACGGGCGAAAAGCAAUUUGUGUACUCCUACACGGCACCCUGGAGGGAAAACAAGGAAGCCAUGUUUUGUGAAAUGUCCUAUUCCAUCUUGGGAUGGCUCGACGAAUUCUGGUCCAUGUGCUGGAAUGGUGUCCUCUAUGUCGGAUUGGCCAGUAUUGGAAACUCGAUCCAUUGCAAACGAUUCUGGUUACCCCUCAUGGGGGCCGUGUAUCUCACGGGAUUGACCACUCUCCACUUUUUGAUGGCACCCAAAGAUCAAGAAGAACGUUGGAUUCUCUACAUUGCCGCCAUUGCCUUGGGAGCCACGGGCGCACUGCUGCAUCUCAGUCAUGUCAUUACCAUUUUGGUUUCGCCCCAAAGAUUGCAAUCGUGCUGUCCGUCCCUCUACCGAAUAAUUCAAGGAACGGUCGUGUCGGAACAAAAAUCCAAACAAGCCGCAGCCGUCAAAGUGGCCAAACUCGUCUCGAAUGCACUCGAAAUUGUGGCCGCCAAAGAUCCACAAGAGUCGGUCCUAAGAACGCAUUACGGUCAAGCAUUGACCAACUAUGCGCGCAAUGGCAAGAAACAUGUCGACGCAGGGGGGUUCGUGUGGGCGUGGCAACGCAUGAUGCGAAUCAGCGGGGCCACAUUUGCCAAGGACGGCAUUUGGAUCAAUUCGCGAAUCUUGGCGGGAAACAUUGGUCAGUACGUCGUGGUAGUGUACACGUUAUUGGGAGGCAUCACCUUGACCGAACAGGUCAUUGCCAACUUUGAUGACGAAUGGGCCAAACAACAGUUCCGGUCCUUUGCGGAACGGACGUUUACAUUGGCGGAUCAGGAUGAGGUCACCACUGCCUUGGUGAGCAAUGUCUCCACGUUGGUGAGUGGAUUCUUGGCACAAGGUUCGACGGCGGAUACGUUGCUGAGCGAUGGGUGUUCCGGUAUGCGCAAUGACACGGCGGCCGUGGAAGAUAUCCUUGACAUGUAUUGCAACAACAACAAUAAUCGCCUGGUCGAUGGUGCACUCAACUUGUCAGGCAGCAGCGGUGCGCAACUUUAUUGUGAUCCCGAUGCUCCUGUCAACUAUCUCUGUCCCUUGCUGGAUGCUUCUGUUGCUGGGACUUUGAAUGUCACUAGCCAGCAAGCCCUGCUCGGUGGGUCCGGUUUUGACGCUGAUCUGUUAGAGCAAGUGGUUCGGGAUGCUGUGUAUCAGUCGGCAGAUGACAGCGUGGACAGUCUAUAUCCGGCUGAAAAGUACAUGCUCAUGGUGCCCAUGAUUGCCGGAGUGGCGGUUGCUUUCCUCACGUGUGCAUACUUGGCCCUGUGUUACAUUCCAAGUGUUGCAACAACCAUUCUGAAACUACGAUGUGGACACAUUGCGACGCUCCGAGAUCCAGAGUUCUUGAAGUAUCGACAAGCACCAGACCAAGUUUGCAUGUUGACGGGAUCCAUUUUCUGGGGUACCCUUGUGAGUGGUGUGGUGGUGGGUGGCACUGUUGGUCUAGUGAUAUUCUUCUUUUUGUGGCAAGCCACGGCGUACUUUGCGCAGAGGCUUUUGGCUAUUGUGAUUGGUAUCAUUGCGGUGACUCUAUUCCGGUUGCUCCUAGUGUCUAUCUGCCGUUGCACACUCUACAAAUCGUUUUACAGAGAACGCCCCGGAAUUGCCAACAUCCUCUUUUUGGCGUUGGAAUGGGCCGUGUUUGCGCUCAGUGUUGGGUUCAUCUUUGCCCGCAUGAUCAAACUGAUGUUGGCUGCCGGGAUGAGCAUUGGCCGGAUAGAUACUCCAUUUCUUGCACCCGGUGUUGGCCGCAUUGGAGCCCUGGAAUUGGACGGUUACCCAAUGAUUCACCUAAAAGAUGUCUUGAGCCAUGAGGCGCACAGACAUCCGUACAUCGAACAGAUCGGAGUGGUGUAUCUAAUGAAGCUACGUCAUGGUAGUCGAUUUGGGCAACGUGCUGGUACCUGUUGGCGCUUGAUUUUUGUCCAUGCAUUGCUUCCUUGGCUGCACAAGUACCGCGUUAUGACUCGAUCGAGACAGCUCUCCAUUGAAGACAGCGACGAAGAUGGCGAAGAGGACGAAAAGAGAAAGCCCUCGUUCGACUAUCCAUCCCUCAACUUCAAAAGUCUGCGCAAUUUUGAGGCAGAAUCUGGCAAUGACGACGGCAACGAGCAUCCUUUGCACGUUGUGGCGAUGACUACGACAGCCCCCCAUGCAUUGUUUGGCGCAAGCGCUACAGAGGAUGACAAGGGCAAGAAUGAUGUGGGGGCGCAAGCCAAGAGAAUCCAACAACUCGAGGCGGAGAACCGUGCUUUGAAAGAGGCACUGGCAAAGGCAGCACUAUCGGGAUCCUUUGAAUGCUGAAGCAAUCUAGUUCUUGGAUUGCUGUAGGUGAGGGAGACGGUCCUCGUGUAACAUGCUUGAGUUUGUUGUAGACGUUUUAUCAAUGAACUACUAUCUAGAUACAGUUUGAAGGUG